UAUCAGACGGGAUUCGAUAGACUGUUAUACUAUCCGGCGGCGUCAAAUCUCCAAUGGCGACGUACGCAUCUCUUUCUCGGCGGUAAUCGACCUGUAUUAAGGGUAAGCAAGAGAGAAAUUUCCGUCCUUUGAUAGUGUGUCUUAUUUGGGAGUUGGAAUCAGUGUUAAGUUUUGUGGAUUUUUGAUGGCUCUGAAGUUUCUGAAUAAGAAGGGAUGGCACACGGGGAGUCUUCGGAACAUUGAAAAUGUAUGGAAAGCAGAGCAGAAGCAUGACGCCGAACAGAGGAAGUUGGAGGAGCUCCGCAAGCAGAUCCAGGAGGAGCGUGAGCGCAGUGAAUUUCGCCAACUCCAGGAACAAGCUGGCUUGGUUACCAGGCAAGAGAGGCUGGAAUUUCUUUAUGAUUCUGGAUUAGCUGUUGGAAAGGGAAGUUCUAGUGGGUUUGAAUCUUUGUCCAAGCCGGCUGAACCUGUAACAGCUGCUGUAACUGCUGCUGAUUCCAGUUCUUCUGCCAAACCGCAAGCAUCUGUGCCAGGAGCUCUAUUUGAGGACAAGCCACAAUCUUCCAAUGAUGCUUGGAGAAAACUCCAUUCUGAUCCCUUGCUUAUGAUUCGUCAGCGAGAGCAAGAAGCCCUUGCACGUGUGAAGAACAACCCUGUCCAGAUGGCCAUGAUUCGUAAAUCUGUUGAAACAAUGAAAAAUAAGGAUAAGAUGCAUGAUGAGAAAGAGAAGGAUGAACACAGACAUAAACAUCGAGACAAGAAAUCAAAGCAUCACAACUCGAAAUCGAAGCAUUUGAGGAAUUCUUCACCUAGACAAACCUUUGAUCCAGAUGAAUACUCGAGCGAAGAUGAUUCCAGGAGAAAGAGAGAGUCUCGCAGGGACAAGAGGAUUAAUGAUCAGAAAUUGUCUCUCUUACGAGAUCCUGAAGGAGGCAAUGAUUUUGACAAAGAAAAAACUAAGAUUAGGAAUGAUAAUGAAGCUGUGAAACAUGAGAGGCAGGCAAGAUCUGAUCUGCCAAGGCAAGAAUCCCAUCGUAACUCUCGUGAGCAGACAAGAUCUGAUAUACCAAGGCAUGAAUCCCAUCGUAACUCUCGUGAGCAGACAAGAUCUGAUAUACCAAGGCAUGAAUCCCAUCGUAACUCUCGUGAGCAGACAAGAUCUGAUAUACCAAGGCAUGAAUCCCAUCGUAACUCUCGUGAGCAGACAAGAUCUGAUAUACCAAGGCAUGAAUCCCAUCGUAACUCUCGUGAGCAGACAAGAUCUGAUAUACCAAGGCAUGAAUCCCAUCGUAACUCUCGUGAGCAGACAAGAUCUGAUAUACCAAGGCAUGAAUCCCAUCGUAACUCUCGUGAGCAGACAAGAUCUGAUAUACCAAGGCAUGAAUCCCAUCGUAACUCUCGUGAGCAGACAAGAUCUGAUAUACCAAGGCAUGAAUCCCAUCGUAACUCUCGUGAGCAGACAAGAUCUGAUAUACCAAGGCAUGAAUCCCAUCGUAACUCUCGUGAGCAGACAAGAUCUGAUAUACCAAGGCAUGAAUCCCAUCGUAACUCUCGUGAGCAGACAAGAUCUGAUAUACCAAGGGACGAAUCCCAUCGUAACUCUCGUGAGCAGACAAGAUCUGAUAUACCAAGGGACGAAUCCCAUCGUAACUCUCGUGAGCAGACAAGAUCUGAUAUACCUAGGGACGAAUCCCAUCGUAACUCUCGUGAGCAGCCAAGAUCCGAUCCUCCAAGGCACGAGUCGCGUCAUAACUCUCGCAAGCCUGUUAGGCUUUCUGAAGAAGAGAGAGCUGCCCGUCUACAGGAGAUGCAGAAAGAUGCUGAGGUCCAUGAGGAGCAAAGAUGGAAAAGACUUAAGAAGGCAGAGGAAAAAGAUGCUAAGGAAGCUGUACAUGCUGGCUCGUCUGGUGGUAGGAAUUUUCUGGACGCUGCUCAAAGAAGUGUUUAUGGUGCUGGAAAGGGAGGAAGCUCCACAAUUGAGGAAAGUGUUCGUCGCCGAACACAUUAUUCACAGAGAGCAGAAGCUUCAGAAGGCAAUGCUUUUCGGCGAUAAAAUGGUUGAAAAAAUUAAUGAAGUUCCUGCAGAGUUUUUCCAUAAUGAAUCACUUUAUGUAAUCCAAAUGUAUUUCAUUUUUAUCACACUGGUUAUCUAUUAUCAUACUGAGCGAUUAUUGUGGGAUCAAGGUCAGAUUAAGUAUGUUGGUGUUCAUCUCGCCACAAAUAUACUUGGUGUAACUGAAAUCGUGAAUUUGUUAUGUGCAAAAAAAUGUUUUUAAGGUGGCUGGCUAAUUACUUGAGCUGUGA